AUGUAUAAAAAGCUAUCUAGAUUAGACCAUGAAGAAAUUAAGAAGUUAUUGAAGAAUGCUGACAUUGAAGUUAGCAAAAGAUAUGCGACUAAUAAAUCAUCAUUAGCUAAAUACCUCAAUGAUUACAGAGGUGUAGUCACUUACGAGAAAAUUAAUGAUUACAUUAAUAACAAAACAUUUCCUUUAAAUGAUAUUCAGGUUAAUUUAUAUCAUAAACAAUCAGCACCGAAGGAAGUUAGGCAGGAAAUUCAUGAUAUGAUAAAUGUUGAUGUAGGUGAAACGAGAAAGAAGAAAAGCGAUGAAGAAAAGAAAAAUAUAGCUAUAAAAUAUGCAAAAGCAAUUGCACAAUUACGCAAAGCAAACGAAGUUAUUAAAUCUAUAAACGAUAAAGCUCUUGAUGACGAAAAAUGGUUAAAGAAGGAUGAAAAUAAUAAACGCAAAAAUGUUAAAUCAGGAAAUAGAAUCAUAGAUUUUAACAUUAAAGAACUCAAUGAAGAAAACAGAAAUUACCUACAUGAACGUUUCGGUAAAAUGUUUAUUAGGCUUCUGCAGAAGAUAAAAGUAAAUUCACAGCAAAAAUGGAUGAUUUGUUAUAAACUCGAUGGUAAAUUUACUAAUUCAACAUUGAAUAUCGAGAACAUCGGAGCUUUACUUCAUCAGUUAAAGCAAGAAAACUUUAUAACAGAGAUUGAAGCAAACACAGCCGGAAUAAUUGAAAAACAUUAUGAUUUCUUCAUGACAAAUAUUAAGAACCUCGAAGAAAUUAAAAUGUAUGAUUUAACUGAAUAUGAAGGAUUAACGAUGAGCGAUAUUAAGAAAGGUAAGCCACAGAAGAGAGAAAAAAGAGAUGAAAGCAAAUUAACAGCA